AAUAAAAGAAAGAGAGAGAAAAGGAAAGUGCAAGAGCAAGAGAAGAAAGCGAAAAGAAAGAGUCGGACACUGUUGAACUUGAAAAUUUGCUUAUAGUAAUUCAAGUAUAAACAAAAGGCAGAGCUACAGAUUUUACGAAUUUCUUUUGAUUUUUGAUAUCUUUAGAACAAUUUAGAAUCAAGCACUUUUUAUUCCUCCUCUUUUUUUUUUUUUAAAUAGUGAAAUAAAUAAAAUCUCAAAGCAUCAGUGAGUUAAUUCUAUGUCGAGCGAGAGGGUCCUCGUUGAGUUGUCCAAGGGCGUUAACGGCCUGGACAAAAUAAUCCUCCGCGAGACACGUGGCAGCUCCGCCGAGGUUUAUUUGUAUGGAGGCCAUGUGACAUCUUGGAAGAAUGACCAUGGAGAGGAGUUGCUUUUCGUCAGUAGUAAGGCAUUAUUCAAGCCUCCAAAAGCCAUCCGUGGAGGAAUACCAAUAUGCUUCCCUCAAUUUUCAAAUCAUGGUACUCUUGAGCAGCAUGGAUUUGCUAGAAAUAGAUUUUGGAGCAUUGACACUGAUCCACCUGCUUUUCCAACAAACUCGUCCGGUAAAGCUCACAUCGAUUUGAUCCUUAGGCCUUCUGAAGAAGAUAUGAAGAUUUGGCCUCACAGUUAUGAGUUCCGCCUGAGGGUAGCUUUGGGGCCGGGAGGAGAUCUAAUGUUAACGUCUCGCAUCAGGAAUACAAAUACUGAUGGGAAGCCAUUUACAUUCACAUUUGCAUAUCACACUUAUUUUUCUGUUUCUGACAUCAGUGAAGUUCGUGUUGAAGGAUUAGAGACACUUGAUUAUCUGGAUAACUUACAGAACAAGGAGCGUUUUACUGAACAGGGAGAUGCAAUAACGUUUGAAACAGAAUUGGACAAGAUAUACCUUAGUACUCCUACAAAAAUUGCAAUUCUGGAUCAUGAAAAGAAGAGAACCUUUGUAAUACGCAAAGACGGAUUACCUGAUGCUGUGGUGUGGAAUCCUUGGGAUAAAAAGGCAAAGGCUAUGGCUGAUUUUGGAGAUGAUGAAUACAAGCAUAUGCUCUGCGUGGAGGCUGCUGCUAUUGAGAAACCUAUCACAUUGAAACCUGGCGAGGAAUGGAGAGGAAGGCAAGAACUUUCUGCUGUUCCUUCUAGUUAUUGUAGCGGGCAACUUGAUCCUCAGAAAGUCCUCCUGGGCAGCUGAAAGAUCCAUUACUGUGGUCAAUAUUAUGUACAGAGUUCCGAACACAUAUCUAUAAACCACAAUGCGAAAGUCCUUGCAUCCUUCGCAUCUGAGUCAUGAGCCACUUUGCCACAUGAAGUGGAUUCGAUUAUUGAGAGGAUGUGAAAUAUCAGAAUUACUAAGCAUCUUGGUUUAGUUAAAAGCAGAUCAUCACUUGAAAGAAACUGCGUGUUAACAACAAUGAAAAUGGAAGCACAUCAGCAAGAUGGAAAUGUGGGAGGGAUAAAGCGAAAGAGAAAGCCAAGUUUUGAAGGGUUAGAACCAUAUGCAAUCUGCACAUUCUGCGAUGUUUGCUUUGCAAGAUACAACAUAAUCUCCAAGGUCUCUGUUGAUAAUGGCAUGUGCAAUUACGUGCUUUGUGGUUUCAUGGGCAUGUGUUCGGAACUCUGACCACUGCUGUUCUUGAAAUGCUAUUUGUUAGGUCUAAAUUUGGUGAGAGUGAGUUCAAAUAGAAGGAAAAAUGAUUUUAUUUUUUUGUAUAAUUAAAUGUUAUAAAUGAUCGAUAUUUAUUUUUAAGGACGUAAAGCAUUUUAAGUUAUUAAUGAUGUGUCAUUUUGUGGUUGAUUGACAGUGUAUAUAAACCCUAAAUAUAUGUAAGAUAUUUGAUUGUCCCAAGCUGUUCAUUAACUUCUCUGUUCUUAAGUGGCCAUAAUUUUUGGCUUUGUAGUCGUUUCAAUCAGUUUCUUUUAGUUCUUUUGCAUGUAUGUGCUCUUAUAUUAUUUCAAAGUAGAGAACAGUGCAGUAUUUGUCUUUGGCUAUAACUACCCUGAACAUGUUUUGUAAGUAGGGAUAGUGCUGUUUUUGUAUUAGCUACAAUUGAUUUUGUUUUGCUUACAACGGUCAAGUUGAUGAACCUCUUUGUUAUCAAGCAAUCAGGAGUCAUUUCUA